UUCGGCGAUAGGUAAUUUAGAGCGGCGUGCCGGGCGGGAAUGUAAGAUGGCGGAGUAGCAACGCAAAGCAUUUGCUUUAAGUGGCAGGGUCGACUUCGGUUUCCGUCUCCCCAGCAGCACUGAUUACUGAACGAAGAGCGCCUACUAUAGCUGCCCAAGAUGCCGAAUAUCAAAAUCUUCAGCGGCAGCUCCCACCAGGAUUUAUCCCAGAAGAUUGCUGACCGAUUGGGCCUGGAGCUGGGCAAGGUGGUGACUAAGAAAUUUAGCAACCAGGAGACGUGUGUGGAAAUUGGUGAAAGUGUACGUGGAGAAGAUGUUUACAUUGUUCAGAGUGGUUGUGGUGAAAUCAAUGACAAUCUAAUGGAGCUUUUGAUCAUGAUUAAUGCCUGCAAGAUUGCUUCAGCUAGCCGAGUCACUGCGGUCAUCCCAUGCUUCCCUUAUGCCCGGCAGGAUAAGAAGGAUAAGAGCCGAGCUCCUAUCUCAGCCAAACUUGUUGCAAAUAUGCUGUCAGUAGCAGGUGCAGACCACAUUAUCACCAUGGAUCUACACGCUUCUCAAAUUCAGGGCUUUUUUGAUAUCCCAGUGGACAAUUUGUAUGCAGAGCCAGCUGUCUUGAAGUGGAUUAAAGAAAAUAUCUCUGAGUGGAGGAACUGUACAAUUGUAUCACCUGAUGCUGGUGGAGCCAAGAGAGUUACCUCCAUUGCAGAUAGGUUGAAUGUGGACUUUGCUUUGAUUCACAAGGAACGGAAGAAGGCCAAUGAAGUGGACCGCAUGGUGCUGGUGGGAGAUGUGAAGGAUAGGGUGGCUAUCCUUGUGGAUGACAUGGCUGACACUUGUGGCACAAUUUGCCACGCAGCUGACAAACUUCUCUCAGCUGGAGCUACCAGAGUUUAUGCAAUCUUGACUCAUGGGAUCUUCUCUGGCCCAGCCAUUUCUCGCAUCAACAAUGCAUGCUUUGAAGCAGUAGUAGUUACCAAUACCAUACCUCAGGAGGACAAGAUGAAGCAUUGCUCCAAGAUAGAGGUGAUUGACAUCUCCAUGAUCCUUGCAGAAGCUAUCAGGAGAACUCACAAUGGAGAAUCUGUUUCUUACCUGUUCAGUCAUGUCCCUUUAUAACAGAAUAACUUCUAAAGCUUUUUAAACAUAAAAAUCAACCCAUCCCGUUUUCCUUUGAUAUUCCAUAACAGAUUUGGAAGACCCAGCUUGCUCCAGUGUAGCUUUCCACAUCCUACAUUAGGUACAUUAGAGUUUAUCCUAAAUUGGGAAAAGCCAGAUUGAGACUGACUGCUGGAAUUUCCUACCUGCAUUGUCUCAAUCUGCCUUCCUUGAUUUUGUGAACCUUGCAGCUUUAGCUAGAGCUCAGUUGCUGCAGUAUUUCAAACUUUUUGAGUUUGGUGUUUUUAAGGACAUUUAAAUGUGAUUAUGGAAGCUCAGAUUCCUUUGUGUGUGACUACUUUAAGGUUGUUCUUUGUUCAGAACAACGAGCUACAGAGCCAGCCCAUGUGUGACAAGUUCUCCAAGUUUGUUCCUAAAUUACAAAACCUAUCCCUGUAGUGCAGGAGCCUUUAAGGCAGGAGGAGUAGGCAGCUAGGCUCAAACAACUGUUGGGUGGGAUCGUGAAGGUGGGGAAGAAGAUAAUAUAGUACAGCAAAUGUUUCUUGGGAGGAAGAAGCAUGACCCAUCAUCUGCUUGCCUAUACAGUUUUAUUCUUCUACCUAAUCCUUUGUAUUUGGCUUUAGCUACAUCCAUUGUGACCUUUUCCUAGCCAAAUAAUCCCUUGGGCUCAAAUGACUUGCUUCAUGUUUUGUCAUUAACAUUCACAUUAGGUAAUUUGCUGUAGUUUAAUCUUCCUUAGCCUGCUGCCACCAGGGUAGUAGGUUAUAAGUGGUAUCGUAUAGUGCCUUUUGAUUAAUUUAAGUAUUUAAUUUUCAUCUUCCUUGGAUCCGUUUGGCCUCUCAUGACCUGAAAUUUCUUUUAAAAAGAUUGAUGUUAUUGUCUCUUGUAGAAGAAACUAAUAAAAUACAUGUGCGUGA